AUGAUAUGCUACCAUUGCUGUUGGAGUCUUUCUUAUGUUCACGGUGGGGCGUGUGGGGUCCUUGCUCUCUUUCUCUCUCUGUCUCUCUCUGUCUCACUUGCUCUCGCAUCUCUUGUAUCUCGCAUCUCUCGUAUCUAUCAUCUCUCCCGCUUAGAUCCCAUGUGUGAGCUUCGCGAAGUGCCGAAACCGGCACAAUUGAGUCCAGGGAGGAGCUUGGUAGACGCCGGCCGAGGAAAAGUGCAGACUCGAACAGAAUGGUGAGCUAGCUCGCGAGGUGGGGGAGCAAUUUGAGUUGCAGUGGUGUGGCGUUGCGAUCCGUGGUAGCGCUGAGACGAGCCGAGGAAGAAGACCAUCCUCACGAGGCUCAAGCUGAAUGGAGUGCAUGAGUGCAAUGACGGAGAAGCUGUGAAGCCAAUAGGGUUGAGCUGCACAGUAAGGGAGGGCUUUUUGAAAAUUACGUGGCCGCGGAAUUUAAGAGGAAGGGUUGGGCAACAGAAAGAGAAGUGCAUUGAAGACUUAUGUCAGUACCCCAAACCCUUAACGAGCCUUGUGUACAAUCAAGGAUUCUUAGGUUCUUUAGGAACAUGCUUGGUAAGACAAAAGUACAUAAAAUGGAUGGAGAGCGCAAGAAUUUUGUCAGAUUCCGACCCCAGUUGGACUCACAAAUCUCCAUGGGCUCCGAGAGUGAUACGCCGCUGCAGUCGGCAUUCAGCAUUGAUUCUACUGCAGUGCGGCGGAGCUGGCAGUGGCAGAAGAGCUCUGUAAGCUUCUUCAAGCUGGGCAAUACGCUACUGUUUAAGAGCUCUCCCCAGGACAUGCCUGAGGAAUCCAAGUGGUACUACGUUCUGGACCCUGCAAGCCCAGCUCUUCACCGGUGGAAUACUUUUUUUCUUAUUUCUUGCUUGGUGGCUGUCUUCAUCGAUCCCCUCUACUUCUACCUCCCGAAGGUGAAUUAUGACCGAAGCUGCAUUACAAUUUCGAGAGACUUGCAGAUAGCAGUGACUGUGUUCCGAACCAUCACGGAUUUCUUUUAUGUUGUACACAUGGGGCUCCGGUUUUGGACGGGAUUCAUUCCGCCAUCCACGAGGGUCUUUGGACGAGGGGAGCUUGUGACUGACCGCAUGGCCAUUGCGAAACGAUACUGCAAGUAUGAUUUCUGGGUGGACUUUGUGGCCGUUUUGCCGAUUCCUCAGGUUGUGAUUUGGCUUUGGGUGCCAAGCAGAGGAGCGGCAAAAGUGAAUAUCAACACGAAGAAUGCGUUGCGGUGGAUCGUGGUCAUUCAGUAUGUGCCUCGCAUGUUGCGAAUCUUCCCCCUGCUGUCCAAAAUCAUCAGCUCUACUGGUGUUCUUCUGGAGACUGCGUGGGCUGGGGCCGCCUUUAACCUUAUCCUGUACAUACUUGCAAGUCAUGUGUUGGGCGCUGUUUGGUACCUGUUUUCGGUGGAGCGGCAAGAUACGUGCUGGACUAAAAUGUGCAAAAUUGGAAAUGGGAUUGACUGUGGGAAAAGCAUGUUUGAUUGUGGACGUUACAUCGAUCGUACCGUCGAUCUUCCCUGGGGAGCGAAUUUGACCAACUACUGCAACACGGUUGCAGACGGUGGACCCUUCAACUAUGGGAUUUAUAAGAAUGCAAUUACCACAAAGAUCGCUAGUCACACGAUGUCUUUCUCUAAGACUUACUUCUACUCCCUGUGGGUUGGCUUGCUCUCUCUGAGUUCCUUAACGCAAACUUUGGAAGUGAGCACUUUUGUCGGGGAAAUCAUCUUCACCAUAGUGAUCAUCAUCAUCGGCUUGCUCUUGUUUGCUUUCUUGAUAGGUAACAUGCAGACAUACCUGCAAUCUCUCACACUGAGGCUGGAGGAGAUGCGAGUGAAGCGGCGGGACACAGAGCAAUGGAUGCGUCACCGAAAUCUGCCGCCGCAUAUAGUGGAGCGAGUACGGCGUUAUGACCAGUACAAAUGGGUGGCCACCCGGGGAGUGGACGAGGAAACGCUUGUGCAAAGCCUCCCUUCCGACCUUCGUCGAGAUAUCAAACGACAUCUAUGUUUGAAUCUUUUCAGCGAAGUGCCGUUCUGUGACCAGAUGGACGAGAGUUUGCUGGACGCUCUGUGCGAGCGUCUACGCCCUGCGCUUUGCAUUGAGGGCGCUAACAUCCUUCGAGAGGGCGAUCCUGUGAACGAAAUGUUUUUCAUCAUUCGGGGUGAAGUUGAAUCAGUGACGACCAACGGUGGACGAACCGGAUUCUUCAACAGAGCAAUUCUUCGCAGCGGAGCCUACUGCGGAGAGGAGCUUCUCACCUGGGCCUUGGAUCCCAAACCCCAAAACCAUCUCCCAAUCUCCACCCGCACAGUGAAAGCCGUGAAGGAGGUCGAAGCAUUCUCUCUCUCCGCAGACGACCUGAAGUUCGUCGCCAGCCAGUUCCGGCGCCUCCACAGUAAGCAACUGCAACACACUUUCAGGUACUACUCCAACCAUUGGCGCACCUGGGGAGCCUGCUUUAUUCAAUCCGCGUGGCGGAGGUACCAACGCCGCCGCUUGGCCGAGCUCCAUCGCAAAGAGGAGGACCAAUACAUGGCUCUACAAAGAGAACCCAUGGACAAGCUCAGCCUAGGGGCCACCAUCUUGGCCGGGAGGUUCGCAAAGAACGCUAUGCGCAGCGUCCAUCGGCUCCGCAACAUGCGUGCCAUUGAGCUUGCCCGAAUUUCCAACAUACCCAAACCCUCUGAACCCGACUUCUCGCAAGACACAUGAUCACCGACCCACGAUUCUUUUACACAGGCCGUGCUCGAUGUCGUGCGAGUGGCAUGAGGGCUUACGCCGAGAUGAGCUUCUUCUGCUUCUGCAUGUCAUCCCUUUCUUAUGCCAUCCCGUCGCUCCAUCGCGCAUCUGCGUGGUCUCCCGUGCUCUCAUCACGGUGUAUGUUUGCCCAUGGAAUUGCAUGGGCUCUGAGACACGCAGCGGCACUUGUAUGAACAGCAGCGCGAGGCAGCGACGAUACGCUCUCCGCGUACAGACUAGAAAAAAACCUAGAAGAUUUGUACAGCGAAGGUACGCACGUGACCAAUUUCGUAACCUAGUUUAAUAGCAGCUGCAGCAACAGCAGCAUUUCAACUGACGAUUCGCGACCAUCGCAACUCCGCUGGUUAGAUGAAUGUAAAAGGAAACCAUAAAGUAGCGCUGUCAUAUUUGGAUUUCGAUCCUUGCUGAUCGCCUUUUCCAACUGA